CUCUCUGCCCACCGGCAAAUCAGCGGUUCCGAAGGGCAACGCAAAAGAGACGGGAACAGAAACAGACAAAAAGUGCAUCAAAAUGACGAAAUUAGCAACAAGCGGCCGAGGAAUCUAAAAGUAAAUAGCAAAUAUAAAUAAUUCGCACUGGCUGGCAGUGGGAGACGCCGAGGCGGAGACAGUAACGAGGCGGAACACCAAAUCGGAAUCAAGUCGAGUCGAGGAGAACAAGAUGAGCAGUCGCCAGCGGACGGUGAUUAUUUUCAAAUCCGGAUCGGAGACGGACGAUGUGUACACGGAAACGCUGGAGAAGCAUGACUUCCAGCCGGUCUUUGUGCCCACUCUCAGUUUUGGGUUCAAGAACCUGCCCGAGCUGCGCCAGAAGCUCCAGACGCCUGACAAGUACGCCGGAAUCAUCUUCACAUCGCCACGCUGUGUGGAGGCGGUGGCCGAAUCCCUGAAUCUCGGCCAACUGCCAGGCGGGUGGAAGCUGUUGCAUAACUACGCCGUGGGCGAGGUGACCCACAAUCUUGCCCUCAGUUCCCUGGACCAGCUGUUCACCCACGGCAAGCAGACGGGUAACGCCCGGGCCCUGGGCGACUACAUUGUGGAAACGUUUGACGGGUCGCGGGACCUGCCCCUGCUCAUCCCCUGUGGCAACCUGGCCACCGACACGCUUCUCUCUAAGCUAGCUGAAAAUGGCUUCGCUCUGGACGCCUGUGAAGUCUACAACACGCUCUGCCACCCAGAGCUGGCGGAGAAUGUGGAGAGAGCGAUAGCUACGUAUGGGGACUCCAUUGAGUUCCUAGCCUUCUUCUCACCGUCCGGCGUCAACUGCGCCCAGGAAUACUUUCGCAGCCGGAACCUCUCGAUGGACAAGUGGAAGCUGGUGGCGAUCGGGCCGAGCACACGUCGUGCCCUGGAGUCCCAGGGCCUGAAGGUCUACUGCACCGCCGAGCGGCCCACAGUGGAGCACCUAGUGAAGGUCCUGCUGAACCCGCAGGACAGCAGAGAGCGCCUGCUCAAGGAGCGGGAACGACUGGCCAUGGAGAAUAAUAACUAGGAACAUAAGCUCUAAGAAUUUGUGGAGGAGGAUUUUGUAAAGUCUGAGAUUUUGUAGCUCCUUUCGAUCGGUCGUGGAAAAUGUGCAAAUAUGUGGUGUAUACAUUCAAUAAUAUUGAAGUAAUUAACUUUUAACUAGAAAUCAAGCUUUGGCAGUCAAAAUCUAAUUAUGCACUAGAGUCUAGACGAAAUUGUAAUAAUAUACUUGUACAACCUAUUGGGUCUUAAUAGUAUAAUUAAAGAAUGUAUGUCAGAAUUGUAAAACAAGUUUAAGGAGUCUAAGAUGUACAAUUCUAAACUGUAUUUGUCGAAGAUCUAAGACACUGGUGGUUUAACGAACGCUUUUAAUCUUCAACCAAAAUCUAACAGCACCAAGAAUAUGAAUCUAGAUUUACAAUUUCCACUCCAAACGCCGAAAAAAGACUAAAACCCAUUGUUUUUUCUCUAUUGACCUCCGAACGAGUACAAAAUUAGCGGGCAUCAAAUGCCGGGCAACGUUUUCGAUCAAGCUAAAUAAAUUGUAUCUAAAUUUA